AAAAGACUCGGAGGGACCCAAGUCGGGGAGGCACCGUGCGGGCCGCGCAGGCGCACAUUGGGCCGUUGCAAUGGCGCUGCCAGCCUCUCUGAACAGGUAUCUGCUGCUCAUGGCGCAAGAGCACCUGGAGUUCCGCCUGCCGGAAAUAAAGUCUUUGCUUUCACUUUUUGGAGGUCAGUUCACCAGUACUCAAGAAACUUAUGGAAAGUCUCCUUUUUGGAUUCUUAGCAUUCCUUCUGAAGACAUUGCUAGAAACUUAAUGAAACGAACAGUGUGUGCCAAGUCUGUAUUUGAACUAUGGGGUCAUGGGAAAUCUCCAGAGGAGCUGUAUAGUUCUCUUAAAAAGUACCCAGUGGAGAAGAUGGUUCCAUUUCUACAUCCCAAUUCUACAUAUAAAAUAAAGAUUCACACGUUUAAUAAAACACUGACACAGGAAGAAAAAAUCAAACGAAUAGAUGCACUAGAGUUUCUGCCAUUUGAAGGAAAAGUUAAUUUAAAGAAGCCACAACAUGUAUUUUCUAUUUUGGAAGAUUAUGGUUUGGACCCAAAUUGCAUCCCUGAGAAUCCACAUAAUAUUUAUUUUGGUAGAUGGAUUGCAGAUGGACAGAGAGAACUUAUUGAGUCUUACAGUGUCAAAAAGAGACACUUUAUUGGGAAUACAAGCAUGGAUGCUGGCUUAUCAUUCAUCAUGGCCAACCAUGGGAAAGUGAAAGAAAAUGAUAUUGUCUUUGAUCCAUUUGUUGGAACAGGUGGCCUUCUGAUAGCAUCUGCUCAUUUUGGUGCUUAUGUUUAUGGAACAGACAUAGACUACAACACGAUUCAUGGCUUGGGGAAGGCUAGUAGGAAAAACCAGAAAUGGAGAGGACCAGAUGAAAACAUUAGAGCAAAUCUUCGUCAAUAUGGUUUAGAGAAGUAUUACCUUGAUGUUUUGGUUUCAGAUGCAUCUAAACCUUCCUGGAGGAAGAGCACAUAUUUUGAUGCAAUCAUCACUGAUCCUCCGUAUGGUAUCAGAGAAUCUACAAGAAGAACAGGUUCACAGAAGGAUAUACCAAAGGGAAUAGAAAAGUGCCCAGAAAGCCAUGUUCCUGUUUCCUUGAGUUAUCAUCUGAGUGAUAUGUUUUUUGACCUCCUGAACUUCGCAGCUGAAACUCUUGUGUUAGGUGGAAGACUAGUCUACUGGUUACCAGUAUACACACCAGAAUACACAGAGGAGAUGGUACCCUGGCACCCUUGCCUUAAACUCAUUAGCAACUGCGAGCAGAAACUUUCCAGUCACACAUCAAGACGCUUGAUAACAAUGGAAAAGGUGAAACAAUUUGAGAACCAGGACCAGUAUUCACAUCUGCUAAGUGAUCGAUUCUUGCCAUACCAAGGUCAUAAUUCCUUCCGUGAAAAAUAUUUCAGUGGGGUAACAAAAAGAAUUGCUAAGGAAGAGAAAUGCAGCCAUGAGUGAAAAAUUAAUAUUUUUGUCAAUGAAGACAGAAGAAAACUGUGAUAGAAAUGGCAUCUGAAUGUGAACUUUUGUGUAUGAAACAGAAGACAUGCACUAUUUUAAAUUAUUUUAUACAAUAAAAUAAAUGCUACAAAGCACAAAGCCAAUUGAACAAUUCUUUUAAAGUUGACUUCAUUUUGUAGACUACUUUGUUGUAUCUGGACUUCAGAAUCUUUAUAAUUUAUAUUUGUCAUGUUAAGUAUUAUGGAAAUUGAAAAGAUUUCUAUUUUUUGGUAUUCACUACAGGGAGAUCUAAUAUUGCUGACUUUCAAAAAUACAUGUCAGCCAGAUAAUUGAUAGGCAGUUAACAGUGAAUGAAAAUUUAUUUAUUAAAUUUGUUUAAUUUGGAUUUUGAUUGUAAUUGAUUUACUUUGCCGUUAAUAAAGCUUACUGAGGAUUCCUAAGUUCAUAUACUACUCAGUACUUCACAGUGGAAUAUGAUGAAGAAGACGAAUUUUAAUUUAUCCAUUCUAGAUAAGUAAUAGCGAUAAUAGUGAAGACAAGAAAGCCUAGGACCUGACAACAUCAGAAGCUCGUCUGUACCUUGAAUUUCCUCUUGGAUUCCUAACCCUUGACUGUUGGUCAAGUUAAGUACCCACAAUUUUUGGUUUAGAGAGUAACUAAUAGUUAAACACAAUAACAACACAAAUCCUUGAUGGUUCUUUAAUGGUACUAAGUCUAAUCAGAAUUCUAUUCAAAAAUAGAAGCUUUAUUUUUCUUGAAGGAGAAACUUUGCUGAGUCUACAUUGUGUCCAUCAUGAAAAUAUCUUAUUUGAAAACCACCAUACCCAUCAAUUCAGUAUGCUAAUAGCUUUCCUACUUUCAGUGGUCAAAUGUAUCUCAGCAGGGAGGCUGUAAAUGAAUCCUCUCCCUCUUACCAGUACCCAUUUUUAUUUAUGUUGUUGUUAUUAUUACUAAUAUUUUAGUGUUACCGCUGACUUUUAUGGACUCACAUUAUGAACCUGCAUAGCAUGGGAACUCCAAAAGACCAAAGAGAUUGAGCCUUCUGUAUAGUUCUUUCUCCUCUUCUUACCCUUUAGUUCUGAAUUUCAGCAGUAGAUUGCAAACAUUUCAAUGAUUGUUUUGUUUGGGUUUUUGGAUGUGAUUUGUGGUAUACUGGGGAAAGUGUAAAAGUUUUCGAGGAUGAUUUAUUUUCAGUAUUUCCAUUAUAAACCAUCUUAUUUAAAAAAAUUUAAGGUUAUUUGGGGGUUGAGUUUGAAACUUGGUGACUUACUAAAUUUAGAAUAUUUGAGAUUUCAGACUAGCAUCAUUUUUAGUUGUUGCAAUAAUUAGCUCAAAUAGUCACAAAUAAGUUGCAGCAUUAAUCAUAAUCAUUUUUUCCUUAAAACUUAUCCAACUUUUGGAAAUAUUUCAAAUUAGUUCUUAUUACCAUUGAUUGAAGUCUUCUGAUCUUUAAGUUAUCUUACUUAUUGUGAGACACAUUUGCUAGUAAGUUUAGUCUCCCAUUACUGAAGUUUCAUAGAUUCAACAUAAAUUUGUAUAGCCAUUUUAAAAUUAGAACUCAACCUAAUCAAUCACUUUCAACCAAUUUAUAUUUUAGUGCAGAGGUUACAAGUCUUCAUAUUCUAAAAAGUGACUGCCACCAGUAUCUUACUACUUUCUACAUAAGUUAAAGCAAAUCACACCCACCCAGGAUUGCCUUAGUUUUAUAUAUAUUCCUCAUCAAUUCACAGCAAGAUCGUCCUUUAGUAUGAACUUAUAGUAUAGUCUAGGUCAGCCGUUGUUCUGUGGACUAGCUAACUUAACUGUUUGUAAUAUGACACAAAUUUUAAAUUUUGUUUCUAGCUUAUAUUAAAUCAAAAUCCAGUUACCUUGGUGAUGUUUCAUUACAAGUAGCCUUCUUCAUUCUGAGAGGGAUUUUCUUUUUUCCCUGUGAUAGCUAGGAGUAGGGGAGUAGGUGGUCUUUGGUAUAUUUAGUCAGAGUGGCCAACAGAUAAAUGUUUAAAAUAUGCUGCAGAUUUCUCACCUGUUUUCUGUCCAUGGUGAUACAGAUUUGGACUGCUUCACUGCUUUCUUACUGUUAAUUCUUUAAGUACAAAGAUGAAACAGUAAAAUACUCUCAAAUGUUUAAAUUCUGGCAGGUAAAGUCAGUGAUACUGCUAUUAAUUUGUGGAGAGAAAACACUUAAAAUUUGUUAUUUUCAACAUCUUUAAGAAGAAUGGUGAUUACAGUUAAAUAGAACCUUCGGGUUUGGUAGGAGAACAUAGAGCAUGAGUUAACAUACCAGAUGUGUUAUGAAAUGUGUUUAUAUUGUUGGAUGAAAAAUGCGCUUUUUAAGUUUUAGGCAUAGAAGCAGUUUUUGAGGUAAUAUGUUUUAUACUCAAUGUAAUUAAAGAAGCAGGAAUUUGGCUUUUUAUUAUUUUUUUAACAUAAGAGAGUUAGAUGAUGAGGUUAUUUAGAUGUCAGUAUAAGUGAAUCCAACUCUUAAUUGAAGGCCUUAGUCAUCUGGGGUUAAAAGAACUGAUACACUUACUGUAUAUAUUAUCAACUAUUAUUAACUCAAAGAGAGUAAUGUGGAGUAAAAUAUGAUUUUGUGUUGAAAACUGAAGAUGAUUUUGUAGGAAAUGAUUUUUUUUUUACAUCAUUUUACUCUCCCUUGAAAAAGCACAAUAGAACUAAGCUGACAUUGCUGUUUCCAGAAGAAAAUCAAAAAUCCUUUAUAGAUAAAAUAGGAAAUAAAUGAGUUACUUAAUGGAGCGUAGAAGUAGAAGUGGAGUUGGAUGUUGCUGAGGAAAUUGAUGACCUUAUUGUUGAUUUUCCUGUUUGACCUAAAAGCAAUAAAUUAUGCCUGAGUAAGGAC